CUUGCUUAUCGUUGUUUAAUUUUCCUUCGUAAUGGCUGACUCUGAACGUUUGUCUGAAUUCGUUUCUCGAGCCGUAAAGGAUCCCCAAGCUCGGCUGGUGGUCAUCAGUAGUGGCGGCACUACAGUAGCGUUGGAGAGACGCACUGUGAGAUUUUUGGACAACUUCUCCACGGGUAACCGAGGAGCUGGGAUGGUCGAGGCUUUCUUGAUGAGAAACGAGCAACAAUCAUUUAAGAAAUAUUAUGUAGUUUACUUUCAUCGCAAAGGUGGUAGUUGCGCUAUGCCUUUCGUGCGACAUCUGCCUGAUGCUGGCCAACAGCUAGAGCUGUUGAGUCAGGGAGUUCACUCGGUUGAGUUCGACUCUUAUAUACAGGCGCACCCUUCACAAGAAGUUUUGAGGCGAUAUCUCCUCUCCGUCACCUUUACCAGUGUUACUGAGUACUUGAGCUCUCUAGAAAAGAUCUCUAAAGAAGUUAGCUCACUAGGUCCGCGAGCAGCACUCGUUUUAGCAGCCGCCGUGUCGGACUUCUACGUCCCAAUGGAUGAGAUGCCAGAGAAUAAGAUUCAGAGUGGAGCUCAUCAAGAUACUGGACUCACGUUGCGACUAAAGGCAGUGCCGAAGGUUCUGGGGCGCAUCACAGGCGAAUGGUGUCCGAGAGCGCUCGUGGUGUCAUUCAAGUUGGAGACUGAUGCUGAUAUACUCUUUGAGAAAGCACGUGGAGCGAUUAGGAGAUAUGGUGUUGACGCUGUCGUUGCGAAUGUUUUAGAGACGCGCUAUCAGAAGCUUUGGAUCGUUAAGGGUGGGAAACAUAGCGAUGAUUCUGGUCAUGAGUAUACGGCAGAGCUUAUCACCAAGCCGGACUCCGGGGAUAUUGAAGACGUGUUGGUUGAAGGUCUCGAGAGGCUUCACGAUACUCAUAUAGAUUGUUUCUCGCAGUGA